CCAUUGACCCAAUCAUUUCAACUUUAUCCCAAUCAAACGGCUUCAAUCCUCUUAAAACAAUCACCCUCAUAAUAACCCCAUACACCUCUCCACAGAGGAUGAAACCACCAAUAAUAGAUAAAUACAUCACUUUCAUUUAACUAAUUUAUCCAUCCAUCUAUUCAAUCAGUUGUCUCCCUUUUUGUUUUAUUUAUUGAGAAGAUAUUUUGAAGGUGAUCAACAAUGGAGGUGCAGUUGAGGAGGAGAGAGAAUAUUGAUGAUUAUGGUUGUAAUGAUCAGGUAGAGAGAUUAACGAUGAUGGAGGCGUCGAGUCCAGAGGCUAAACUAGGGAAGCGUGUAGAGGAUCUUUGGGAUAAUCUAGAGCCUCAGCUUAGUCCUACUGAUAAACUUAACGCUUGUUUUGAGAGUAUUCCUGUUUCUUCCUUUCCUCUUGCUCAAGCUUCUCAAGUUGAAAUUAGAUCGGAUUGCAGUUUGGCAGAAGCUGUUAGCAUACUGUCUCAGCAUAAACUUCUUAGUGCGCCUGUAAUUGAUGUUGAGGCGCCGGAUGAUGCUACGUGGAUUGAGAGAUAUAUUGGGAUUGUGGAGUUUGCUGGAAUCGCAGUUUGGAUACUGCAUCAGUCGGAAGAUGAUGAAUCAAACAGAAUCAUACCCUCUCCCAAGGGAAAUGGCACUGCAGCUGCAGUUACCUCAAAUGGAGCGAAUCUGGCCACAAAACUAGAAAGCAUGAGCCCAAGAUCAGCUGCAAUGACUUCUGGAAACUUCUUUGGGGCACUUACUGCUUCAGAGCUGUAUAAGAAAACUACGGUUCGAGAUAUUUCAGGUACAUUUCGGUGGGCUCCAUUUCUAGCCUUGCAAGAAACUAACUCUAUGUUGACUGUCUUGUUGCUACUCUCAAAGUACAAAAUGAAAGGUGUUCCUGUUGUUGGUGAUGCAAAGGUUGAGAAUAUAAUCACUCAGUCUGCUGUUAUCCACAUGCUCGCUGAGUGUUCUGGUCUUCAUUGGUUUGAGAACUUCGGAACCAAGAAGCUUACUGAGAUUGGUCUUCCACUGAUGAGUCCUAAGCAAGUAUUCAAGGUCUAUGAAGAUGAACCAGUUCUACAGGCCUUCAAACUGAUGAGGCUAAAGGGUGUUGGAGGGGUUCCUGUUGUUGAACGUGACGGUACUAAAGCAGUUGGUAAUAUUAGUAUCAGGGAUAUACAGUUCCUUUUGACUGCACCAGAGAUUUACAAGGAUUGCAGAUCCAUCACUGCUAAGGACUUCUUGGUUGCUGCAAAGAAGUACAGAGAAGAGCACCAUGAAGGAUCAACACCUGCACUAAGUGGGAUGAUAACAUGCAAAAAGGACGACACCCUCAAGAAAGUAAUCCUCACCCUUGAUUCUCUGAAGAUCCAUCGUAUUUACGUAGUUAACGAAGUUGGAAGUCUAGAAGGGGUCAUUACACUAAGGGACAUCAUCUCAAGGCUUGUACACGAACCACGCAACUACUUUGGCGAUUUCUUUGAUGGUGUAAUACCAAUGCCGCCAAAUAGUAGGGUAUGAGCGCGCAAUCAACCUUCUUAACAUGUUUUCUUGGUAAGAUUCUGAACUUGGAUCAUCGGCAGCUAACUGGAUAAAGGAACGAAGAUUAUAAAAGUGGUGGGAGAGGGAAUGAUAAGAUAAAGGUCUCUGAGAAGUGGCCAUUGUAUUUAGCAAAGUGUUGAUAUCAUUAUGACGCCUGUUGUAUUAUAGACCUAAUAAUAAAUUAAUAAUAGGGAUGCAUGAUACCUAACCCGAUGUAUGAUAUGAGCAUUCUUGUACGUUUUCCUUUUGUAAGUAUGGGUGGAGUUCAUACAUCAACACUCUUUACUGAAUGCUACUCAGUAUUAUAUUCAAUAAAGAAAAUCAUGGUCAACAUCGA